GGAAAGUACAUGUGUGGUUCAAGUCAUACACCUCGAGUCGAAAGCAAAGCUGGAAGUACGGGUGGUUAAGAACAAAGCAAUUAAAUCUUGAUUCUGUGAGUCACUAUUCAACAUGCGCAUGCUUCGUAGUCGCGGAGGUAUCAGGGUCUACACUAAACUAGGAGAACGUCAACUCCAGUGGGCAUCGGGUGCAAUUGCACGGUCCACCUCUUUAGUUCUUUGCUCUCUUUUCAUUUACUACUACUAUGGCGACGUCCGCUUCACUUCACGAAGUUGUUGGUCUUCGAAAUGGAAGUCAGAUUGACAGAAAGAACGUUUGGCGAUACGACGGACUCCAGAACUUGGAGACAUUAAAUUCGGUGCGAACGCUGCUUCAGCUGAAGAUGGCAUCUAUCUAUUGGAUGGCGUACAACUACUGGUCUGAGGCAAAUCUGCUCAUGCUAAUGAUGACAGUUCUGAAGGAGUUCGAUUUUAGCGCCAUUAGGGGAAUUCACAGUUGCGUUGGUAAGGCGUUUUUCUCUAUGAUCAACAACGAGCUUUAUGACUCAUCCAAUGGAUCUAAUUCUGAUCACUCAUCAUCUGACCUCGAGAUCACAAAUGCCACUGGUAAGGUAUUCCUGCAGCUAGCCAGUGACUUAGAUAUCUGA